GACAGCCGCAAAUUUACUUCUCUCCUCUUCCUGCAAAUAUGCAAUUUAACAAUGCUGUUUUGCUACUGUAAUGGGUGUAUAUAAUAUUACAUUGCAUUUCUUACUAGAAAACCCAACAAUACUACUUUCCUGAUUUCCUCUUACGGAAUUACGAGCAUUAGAGACACUAUUGUUGAUUUUGUUCUCUCAGUCAAAUUCAGUUCGAAGUUUCAUUAAAGGGGAACUUUUGCCGAGUUUCUUCUUUUUCUUCCUCAUGAGGUGAGCCAUGGAUGAGUAUAGGAGAUGCUCAAGAUCGACCGGAAACUGGAGGUGCGGGGAGAGAGCCUCGACUGGGAGAGCUCUUUGCGAGAAGCAUUAUAUGUUUAUGGUGAAGAGGAAUGAGGAGAUCAAGGAGAAGAAAAGGAAGAGGGACAAUGGAACUGGAGCUGAGUUGGGUAGUCAAAAGAGGAGUCGAAAUCGACAAGGAAGUGAUGAGAAUUCAAAAAUGAUGUUGCAGAGGGUUGGCGGGGAAGAUGGUUUGCCAAAUACGGAUGUGGGUUUUUGUGGUGAAGGGAUUCAUGGUGUCUGUGGUAUGAAAAAUGGUGAAAAUGAUACUUCGGUUUUUUGUGGAAGUGUUUUGGUUCCUAGUGAACCAUGUGAAGAAGAUGGUGGUGCGAGGACUAAUGGAGCGGAAGAAGCACAAGGGGGCGUGUCUGCUGAAGUUGCGUGGAAUAACAGUUGUCUAGGUCAUGGUGGCGAAGCCAAUGCUGGAAAUGGGGACAUCAGGCUUGGAGAGGGAGGAAAUCAAGACGAACUUUGUGCGUUCAGCGUUCAUGGUGAAGGCGUUGGAAGCCUCUUUGGUGGGGUUCAUGGUGGAAAUAUUGGUUUAUGUUACAAUGGCAAUGGGUUUCAGUGUUUGAACACUGAAUCAGGGUGUGCUAGCUUAGAUGCAAUCCAGAAUCUGUUUGGCGAAAUUACAUAUGGGGAUGGUGGUGAAGGAAAUCAAAAUGGGUAUCUUGAAGAUUCACAGCAUGACAAAGAUGAAGUAAUACCAAAGAAGAGCAAGCCUGGCAGGCCAAAGGGGUCGAAAAAUAAACCAAAAAUACAUGCAGAUGAUGGUACUAAGGAUGAAGAUAAGCUUUUGAGAGGGAAAAGGAAGUUUGGUAGGCCAAAGGGUUCAAAGAAUCAGAUGAAAAAACUUGCAGGUGAAGAGCAACUAGUGCCCGUUGAAGUCACAGGUGAUAAUGGAGAAGGGAUUGUCCGGGAAAAGAUUGGGCUCGUAGAAAAUGCAGGGAAAAUUUUGCAGAUACGUAAGCUUGGCCGACCUAAGGGUUCCAAAAACAAGAAGACAGCAUUUGCAGCCGGUAAUCAGGAAAUCAUCAGUAAUCAUGCUGAUGGAGGUGAUGAGACAAUGACACUGCUGGGUCUGGAGAAGGAGCAGACUAGUCUUUUUGGCAAAGGAGAUCAAGCUGUAUCUGCAGAGUUGACUGGUGUUGAUGGAGGUGCAAAUGGAAAUUUCCAACCUAAAAGAAUACCUAACCAGCCAAAGGGUUCCAAAGGUGAGGACAAAAAGGCUGCUGGUGAUAGUGAAGAAGGAAAUAACAUUGUCCAGCGAAAGGAAAGGAGAGGAAGACCCAAAGGUUCCAAAAAUAAGAAGAAAAAUGUUGCUGGUGAUGGGGUUGCUGGUUAUAGUGAAGUAGGAAAUAAGAUUGUCCAGCCAAAGGAAAACAGAGGAAGUCCAAAAGGUUCCAAAAGUAAGGAGAAAAAUGUUGCCGGUGAUGGGGCUGCUGGUGAUAGUGAAGAAGGAAAUAAGAUUGUCCAGCAAAAGGAAAGGAGAGGAAGACCGAAAGGUUCCAAAAAUAAGGAGAAAAAUGUUGCAGGUGAUGGGGCUGCUGGUAAUAGUGAAGAAGGAACUAAGAUUGUCCAGCAAAAGGAACGGAGAGGAAGACCGAAAGGUUCUAAAAGUAAGAAGAAAAUUAUUGCCGGUAAUGGGGCUGCUGGUGAUAGUGAAAAUGGAAAUAAGAUUUUCCAGCAAAAGGAAAGGAGAGGAGGACUGAAAGGUUCAAAGAUUAAGAAACAUAGUCUUGUAGCUGAUAAUCAAGACAUUUACGUUCAAACUGUUGAGACCAGUCAUAAUGUUGCUGAUAGGAUUGUUGCCAUAGAAGGGUUGGACGGUGGUAGAACCACUUUUUUGAGUGAAGAGGUAGGAGCAAUGGCUGGUGAACAGAAAAUUUCUGCUACCAGUAUUGGAAAUAUGACUCUAGUGCCAAAACGUGGCAGACCAAAGUGUUCAAAGAAGAAGAAGCCACUCUCUGCUGAAGAAGAUCAGAGCCGGAUUGGGGAAAUCAAGAACAGGAAUAGAGGAGAUGGAAGGUCGAUGGAAAAGCGGGGCAGGCCAAUUGAUGCUACCAGCUGGAAAAAGAAGGAAAGGGGUUUGAGGUGCCACCAGUGCUUAAGGAGCAAAAGGAACAAAGUUGUCAUUUGUUCACACUGUCAAAGAAGACGAUAUUGUCAUAAGUGCCUUUCAAAGUGGUACCCUGACAAAACAAGAAAAGAUGUAGAGAUUGCGUGCCCAUUUUGCUGUGGUAACUGCAAUUGCAGGUUGUGUCUCAAGGAGGAUUUAGCUGUGCUGGUCGUGCAGGAAGAAGAAGUAGAUACCAAAUUGCAAAAGCUGCUUUAUUUGCUGGAUAGAACCCUGCCUCUCCUCAGAGAUAUUCAACAAGAGCAGUCUUCUGAACUGGAUGUGGAAGCAAAUAUUUUUGGUGAGCCACUGACAGAAGAUACUGUGCCAAGAUCUGUAAUUGAAGAUGAUGAUCGAGUCUAUUGUGAUAAUUGCAACACAUCCAUUGUCAACUUCCACAGAAGCUGUCCAAACCCUGCUUGUUCUUAUGAUCUCUGCCUCACUUGCUGUCGGGAAAUUAGAGGAGAAUUUCAGACUAGAAGUAAAGAGGAAGGAUCAUCUAAUCUACAAUAUGCUGAAAGAGGAUAUAGGAAAGAUACAGCUUUGAAUGACAAAAUUCCUGAGCAUUGGAAUGGUUUGGAGAGCCAAGUGGCCCUUCGUGGAAAUGAGACAAAAGCUGAUAUUUGCGACCUUCCUGCGUGCACAGAGGCUGAUGGUAGGAUUCCUUGUCCUCCAAUUGUUCAUCGAGGUUGUGGUAGUCAGAUACUGGUGCUUAAGCGCAUCUUUGAAGCGAAUUGGGUUGACAAGCUAGUUAAGAGUGCAGAGAGAUUGACUAGUACGUAUAAGUCACCAAGCAUAGAUAUUUCUCACGAAUGCUCGUUGUGCCGUCCUACCAGUAAUUUGGACAAUGAAGAAAAACAUGUUGAAGUAAGGCAGGCGGCCUGGAGAGAGAAAAGUCAUGAUAACUUCCUGUACUGCCCAGAUUCAAUUCAGGUGGAUGACAGUGCAAUUGACCAUUUUCAAAUGCAUUGGAGGAAAGGUGAACCAGUUAUUGUUAGAAAUGUACUCGAGAAAAGUUCGGGACUUAGUUGGGAUCCAAUGGUGAUGUGGAGGGCUUUUAUAGGUGCCACAAAGAUAUUAAAGGAGGAGGCACACAAGGUUAAAGCUAUUGAUUGCUUGGAUUGGUGUGAGGUUGAAAUUAAUAUUUUCCAGUUCUUCAAGGGUUAUUUAAAGGGUCGUUGGUAUAAAAAUGGGUGGCCGGAGAUGUUGAAGUUGAAAGAUUGGCCUCCAAAAAAUUCGUUUGAAGAGUGUUUGCCAAGGCAUGGUGCUGAGUUUACUGCCAUGCUUCCCUACAAGGAUUAUACUCAUCCAAAAUCUGGUCUUCUAAACAUUGCUACAAAGCUUCCAGCUGUUUUGAAGCCGGACUUGGGACCAAAAACAUACAUUGCCUAUGGAUCUGUGGAAGAACUUGGUAGAGGUGAUUCAGUGACCAAAUUGCACUGUGACAUUUCUGAUGCGGUUAAUGUGCUGACUCACACAACCAAAGUGAAGGUGGCUCAAUGGCAGAGGAAAGUUGAAGAAAAUUUAAAAAAGGAAUUUGAAGCUGAAGAUUUGUGUAAGCUUUAUGGAAAAAAGCAUGAGCUAUCAGGUACUUUUAAAAUGAAUCCCCAGAAAAUAUUUUGUAAAGAUGAAACAAAUAGCCCUGGAUUCUCUCAUAAUGGGGUUACUAUUGAGAGUGACUCCUCAUUGGAAUGGUUAUAUGCAAAGGAAGGGAAGCUCGAUGAACAACAAACUACCUCCAACGAGUUAGGAGACUUAGCUACAAGCAUACAGAUUUUCAACUCUCGUGCUGAUGAUUCGAGCUCCUUUUUGGAAGAAGAUUGUGUGAGAACAAAUAAUGACGUUGUAUGUGGCGGUGCUGUUUGGGACAUCUUUCGUAGGCAAGAUGUGCCGAAAUUGAUUGAGUACUUAGAGAAACAUCAGACGGAAUUUCGUGACAUCAGUAAUCUUCCUGUGAGCACUGUUAUUCAUCCUAUCCAUGACCAGACACUUUAUCUGAAUGAGAGACAUAAAAGGCAGCUAAAGGAGGAAUUCAAUAUUGAACCUUGGACGUUUGAGCAACAUCUUGGAGAGGCGGUUUUCAUUCCGGCAGGAUGCCCACAUCAAGUUAGAAAUAGACAGUCAUGCAUUAAAGUGGCCCUUGACUUUGUGUCCCCUGAAAAUGUUCAAGAGUGCAUUCGAUUGACAGAAGAUUUCCGUCUGCUUCCCAAAGGCCAUGGAGCCAAGCAAGAUAAGCUAGAGGUGAAGAAGAUGGCACUGUAUGCUGCUAGUUUUGCUACGAGUGAAGCUGCAAAUCUGAUGUCAGCAAUGGAGUAAGAAACGGCUUAAACUUUCGGCAUAAAUUUGUUUUUGUUAAACAAUUCCUGUUUUUCUCUAUAUUGCCUGCUUUUUUGGCUCUUCUACUAAAGUAUGCGCGCAUCCCUGUCAGAUAAACCAUGCAAGUAUCCGAGCACCAAGUUUCAUUAGAUAUCGAUAAGGUAAUGGCUAUAGUUGUGAACUUUGUUUUUGAUGAUGCAGAAGCAAUGUUGUAAUUAAAUUGCCAGUUUAUUUUUGGGGGGUCCUGAUAUAAUCAAGAAAAGCAAUAAGCAAAUACCACCAAGUAUACUGGAUGUACCAAUAGGCAGUAGCCUACCCUCUGAGAUGAGAAUUUUUAUCAAGUCUGCAAGAGGGGAAGCAAAGGUUCUUGGAUGUGGCAUGAGGAUUCUUUUUGAUAUUUUCUUACAGUGUCCAAUGCAUCAUGUAACGAGAACUCUUUGUGGUUGCUUUAUCUGUACUUCACUCAAUGUUCAGGUAAAAGUUCUUUAAUAGGCCAUAAUCAUGAAGUCCAGAAAAGCCAAGUGGCACCCAAUCCUGGCUGCACAUCAGAUGUUAUAUUUUUAUGAUUAUUAUUACAUUCCAUUUAUUGCUUGAUGAUGUCAAAGUGCAUUCCAGUUAUGUUUU